UAUGUCCUUUCCCCAAAGUGCAAUCAAUCAACGCUCGUUUACCAACCAGCCCCACCGUCAGUCAAAAACGGUCGAAUACCACCUGCCGUCACGGGCAUCCAUCCAGGAAUACCAGGCUCUCCUCGCUGACCACGCCGUCGAGGCUGCAAAGUCCACUGCGUUCAUUCCGUCAAGGCAGGCGCCUGCACCCCCUCAGUCCGCUUAUCGACCCAAGACUCCCACGGAAUCCCUUCCACCACCACCCGCCACGGCUCCGACACCAACUCCACCAAGGGUCCGUAACUCGUUACAGAAGCCCAACCCCCGCGCCCGCAAGCACAGCCUGACAUCAGCUCCUCCAGCCCCUCGUAUCGACCACGAUCCCUUCGCCGCAAACACCAACGACCCACCCCUUUCUCAGUACCACAAGUCGCAGAAGUUAGGCCCGAUGGCGACUGGAACUUCACCUCCUCCGCGUCCAUCUCGCGCCAACACAGCCAAUCUAAAUGACAUCAUCCCCAAUCCAUCGCAACUCGCUGCUCGUCGACUGUCGCAACCCUCAACUCCGAUGUACGACGACGGUCAUUUCUACGCCGAUCCCAGCGAAUCUCUCCCAUCCGGACCGUCCAAUGAUAUCAACGCACAGAGCCCCGUGAGUGGCAAUUCCAGGCUCAGGUCGCGUAGUGGCACAACGAAGGCGAAGAAGGGUGUUUUGGGGCUGAUGUCCGAGAUGUUCAACCCCACGAAGCGCCCUGAAAUCAGCACUCCUUACGAUCCCGUCCAUCUGACCCACGUUGGCUUCAACUCAUCGACUGGCGAGUUCACCGGCCUCCCUAAGGAGUGGCAGCAGCUCCUUCAGGAGAGCGGCAUAUCGCGUUUGGAGCAGGAGAAGAACCCUCAAGCUGUUAUGGAGAUUGUGAAGUUUUAUCAAGAGGGUCACGGUGAUCCUUGGGACAAACUGGGCAAUGUCGGUGGAAAUCAAGACAUCUCAUUCCUCCAGGCCAAGAUUGAUGACAGCUUCCAAAACCCGCGCUCGCCACCACCGCCACCGAAGCACAAACAGGGGCCGCAACCCUCAGGAUAUCCUUCUACUGCACCAACGGCAUACCGGCCAGCUCCUACUCCUCCCUCCGCUGCAACAACAGUCCUUGAUCGGUCGACGUCGCAACGCGCUCCGAGCAAGCCUACCAAAUCUUCAGACCUUGGUCGGGCAAACACAACACGUGAUCGACGAUCCCCGGCACCAGGUCAAGGACCUGGUGGCCAGACACCGAGCGGCCAGCACAAGUCACAGUCCGCGAAACCUUCACCCGGGUCGUCUUCAUCAGAUCUUCCUCUCAAGUCGCAGCAGUCUGCGCAGCAUGGAGCAUCGUCCGCGGCGAGGGACCGUCCUGAUCCGCGGGCCCAGGCACAGAAUCAAACUCCAAGCCCUGCAGCCUCGAGCCUCGCGAAGGUCUCCGGUGUGGCGACUCCGCGUCGGAGAGAGAAGAAGGUCGACAAGGCCAAGGAGGAGGACAUCGUCAAACGUCUGCAGGCCAUUUGCACGGAUGCCGAUCCGACACGGUUGUACCGCAACCUCGUCAAAAUUGGUCAAGGUGCCUCUGGUGGUGUGUAUACUGCAUAUCAGGUUGGCACGAAUCUUUCAGUGGCCAUCAAGCAGAUGGACCUCGAUAAGCAGCCAAAGAAAGAUCUCAUCAUUAACGAGAUUCUGGUCAUGCGGUCAUCGCGACAUCCUAACAUCGUCAACUACAUCGACUCGUUCUUGUACAAGAACGAUCUUUGGGUGGUCAUGGAAUACAUGGAGGGUGGCUCGCUGACUGAUGUUGUCACUGCCAACUUGAUGACCGAGGGCCAAAUUGCGGCGGUAUCGAGGGAGACGUGUCAAGGUUUGGAACACCUUCAUCGACACGGUGUCAUUCACCGCGACAUUAAGAGUGACAAUGUUUUGUUGAGCAUGGUUGGGGAUAUCAAGCUGGCUGACUUUGGUUUCUGUGCUCAAAUUUCGGACCCUGCUCAUGCCAAACGAACAACUAUGGUUGGCACCCCUUACUGGAUGGCACCUGAGGUCGUAACCCGGAAGGAGUACGGGCCCAAGGUGGACAUAUGGAGUCUAGGUAUCAUGGCUAUUGAAAUGAUUGAAGGAGAACCACCAUAUCUUAAUCAGAACCCGCUCAAGGCCUUGUACUUAAUCGCAACCAACGGCACCCCAACCAUCGCAAACCCAGAGAACCUGUCUCCCCUGUUUACUGAUUACCUGGCAAAGACUCUCGAAGUCGACGCCGAGAAGCGGCCAAAUGCCACGGAACUCCUACAGCAUCCAUUCUUUAAACUCUCAGAACCUCUUCGGACUCUGGCUCCUUUAAUCAAAGCAGCUCGAGACAUCGCGAAAAACAAAUG